GUUUUUUAAAUAUAAUUAAGAAUUUUCCAAUGCGACCGGCCAGUAAUUGCACUGCGUCACACAUUCUUCUAGAGAAAGGUGUGUUUGGCCUCUUUGCUCAGAACAGGUGCGGCACGACAACAGCUAUUUAGGUUGUUUUUUACAGAUGUGCACAUAAUGUUUUAAGUGAGCACGAUUGGACAAUGAAUCGAAACAACUAAAGAGACACAAUCCACUACGCUAGCACGCAAAAUAUAAGGUGGUGCACAUUAUAAACAUUAUGUAGCGCUUCAGUCAAAGAAGGGACUGGGCGGUGUGUUUUAGUGGAAAGGUGGAGCCUGCUGGUUCUAACUUCGGCUGCUUGCCACUCCUCGCUGUCAGACCAUGGAUUGCAUUCAACAGACUACACACGCUUGGGGCUUUAAGAGCAACUGCCAACUGGGGUUUGUCAACUUCGAGACUCAUGAGAACCAUAUUUCCCAUGAGACAGAGGGCCUCAGCUACAAGCACCUAGUGGUGCGCAGAGGGAAACCUUUCAAACUGACUCUGCUGUUUCGCAGCCAGAUGUGGAAUCCUCGCAACGAGAACCUGGUCCUGGAGGUUUGCCUCGGUAAUCUGUCUGCGAGGAUCCCGGUCCAGUUCUCUAAGGAGAAAUACAACCCCGACAGCUGGUCAGCCAAAAUAUACCCAGGCGGCUUGCACCCUGAGUCGGUUGAGGUCCACGUCUGCUCCCCUGUUCUGUCCUCCGUGGCUCUGCAUCGCCUCCUGUUGCACCUGGAGACCCGACAGACUAGAAGGAGCUACUCAGUUGGAGAUUUUGUGCUGCUCUGCAACCCUUGGCUGAAAGAUGAUCCAGUGUACAUGCCAAUGGAUGUCCAAAUACAAGAGUACAUCAGGAGCGAUUACGGGCUGCUGUACAUGGGCACCUGUGGAAACAUUGGUCGGCGGCCCUGGUCGUUUGGUCAGUAUGAGCCUGGGGUACUUGAGGCGUGUCUGAAGCUCCUGGAGGUCAGUCCGCAGCACUUCAUGGACAAAGACGAGGACUACAUGCGCCGAGCGGACCCCGUCUACCUCAGCAGAGUGAUAUGCGCCAUGGUGAACCGAAAUGAUGACAUGGGUAUUUUGGACGGGAAGUGGCAGGGCGGCUACAGCGGUGGGGUCAAUCCCACGGAGUGGAGCGGCAGCGCCGACAUCCUGCACCAAUGGGUCUCGUCCAACUGCCAAGCCGUGCGCUACGGACAGUGCUGGGUCUUUGCAGGCGUCCUCUGCACAGUGAUGCGAGUGUUGGGGAUUCCCUGCAGGGUGGUCACAGUGUUCAACGCAGCCCACGACGGCGACGCCAACCUCACAAUAGAAGAAUUUUACUCGACCACAGGGGAAAAGCUCAACCUGUCAAAGGACAGCAUUUGGAACUUCCACGUGUGGGUGGAGUGCUGGAUGACGAGAGGGGACCUCGGCGCGGAGUUCGACGGCUGGCAGGUGGUGGACCCGACCCCCCAAGAGAGGAGUGCAGGGGUCUUCUGCUGUGGCCCUUGCCCAGUGGCCGCCGUUCGGGAGCGCCGCUAUGACGCGCGCUACGACGCGCCGUUCAUCUACGCCUCCGUCGACGCGGACGUCGUGCGGGGUGAUCCUUGUGUGUGUAUGUGUGAGUGUGAUGCUCGUAGAAGUCGUGCGUUUACAGUUUGCGUUCUCUACAUAUUUAAGACAGCUUUCCUCCACAUUUUCUUUCCUAUUGCAGGGAAGCAACCAGGAGUCAGUAUGACGCGCUACAGUGCCGGAGUGAGGUGUUCCGCCCGAUCCCUGCAAACAGACCAAUCACAGCAGUCAUCGGAGUUGGCGGUGUCCCUGAGCGUCGAUGGGCUGCCGUCAGCGGGUGAGAACAUCUCAUUGUGUGUGACUGUCACCAACCAGUCGAGCAGACCGAGGCUCCUGACGGAGCACCUCAACGCUCAGCUGAAGGCCUUCAACAGCCACCCGGAGAGGAGCUUCUGGAAAACCCACAAAGAAGUGCGCGUACGGCCGGGUGAAGUUCUGACGCUUCACCACAGCAUCCCUCCGGCCGAGUACGAGGCGUUCCUGGCAGGCGAUGACAUUGUGAACGUGGCGGUGGUGAUCAAGGACGAGAAGACGAAGGAGAGAGUCCUGGCUGCGCAGGAGUUCAACAUCAGCUCACCACAGAUCAGCGUAGAGAUUGAGGGAGGGGACAGCAUCCAGAUGAAGAAGGAGUACACCGCCCGGGUGUCCUUCAUCAACCCUUUUACCAAAGUCCUGAGUGGAGCUGUGCUCACUGUGAAGGGAUCUGGCUUGUUACAAGGCAGACACCAAGAGAGACGGCUUCUCCUGCAGCCAGGCGAGAAGCUGGUGAAGACGGUGACCAUCGCAGCCUCAUCGGCCGGCACUAAACUGCUCAUGGCCACUUUCUCGCACAGCAGCAGCGCCGGAGUCGUUUCCAGGAGCUUCCACAAAGUCUACGUCACGGCCGCAUGAGUCCUUCCUCCCAAAAAGCACCAAGCAUGCUUGUUUUACUCUCUGGAACCAAAUAUAUUGUCUUGUCUCCUCUGGACCCUGAAUCUGAGAUAAAGUUGGAUUGAUUUGAUUAUUUCAGUUACAUGUGAGUGUUGUUGUUUUUGUAUUCAUAAUGCACACAGUGUCUUCAGUAUUUGUUUUCUGAAUAGAGAGACCACGUUUCUAUUCUAAUGUUCCUCAUACUGAUAUACUGAAACGAUAAAUGUGUGGUUUUGCCCUUUUCAGUGAUGCAUUGCUUCAGCUCAUUUGCACCACUAGAUGGCAGCAUUGGCGUUUCCAUUUGUGUACCUGUUUCCAUUUAAAGGUUUUAUCAAACUGUUGUAGGCCCCAAAAAUAGUUUGUAUACUUCAA